AACAAAGGCAAUAAACUUGUAUGAAAUCAUAAGAUUCCAUUGUGUAAAAAGUUACUGUAUACAUAAAUAUAAUCACACAAAAUAAUUCUGUAAUGUAUCAAAUCAUUUAUUAUUUAACAAUUAUUAACAAUAUAUUGAAAAUAUAAUAUGGGCAAAUAAAAUCAAUUACAAAUAUUGAUGAACAAAGGAAAAAUUAUGUCGGCAAGUGGAAGUAAUAUUGAUAGUCCAAGUAAGGAUUCAUUAUCAAGUGGUCAUUCAAAUAAUAAUAAUACUGGUGUAUCAAUUGAUGUACCUUCAAGAGAAAUGAGUCAAUUAUCAUUGUUUUCUUCUGGUGGAUCCUCAACCACACAAGAUGAAUUCUUUAAAUGUGAGGGACAUGCCGAACAAAGUUUACAAAGUAUGCGAACUUAUUUACAAGCUGGUCAAUUAUGUGAUGUUGUUUUAAUUGCUGGAGCUGAUGGACGCCGAGUCUCAUCUCAUAGGCUCGUAUUAUCAGCAGCAAGUGAAUACUUUUCAGCAAUGUUUACCGGACAUUUACGUGAAGCUGAGGAACAAGAAAUUACACUUAGAGAUGUGGAUGGGGAUGCAUUAUAUGCUUUAAUUCAGUAUUGUUACACCGGAACAAUUGAAUUGCGUGAAGACACAGUUCAAACAUUACUAUCAACAUCAUGUUUAUUACAAAUAGACGCUGUCACAGAUGCAUGCUGUACAUUUUUAGCACAACAAUUACAUCCAAGUAAUUGUUUGGGUAUUAGUUUAUUUGCUGAACAUCAAUCAUGCACUAAAUUAUUUAUACAUGCAACACAAUAUACUUACGAACAUUUUAUGCAGGUAAUUCGUAAUCAAGAAUUUUUACAAUUAACAUGUGAACAAUUAUGUCGACUUUUGGAUAGUGAUGACAUUAAUGUUCCCGAUGAACAAUGUGUAUUUAAUGGUUUGUUAAGUUGGAUUCAAUAUGAUCCAACAACCAGACAACAAUACAUGUAUAAGCUAUUAUCGCUUAUUAAAUUGCCACUAUUGUCACCAGCUUUUAUAGCUGACUAUGUUGAGCCAGCUUGUGGAACAGAUCGUCAAUGUCAACAAUUAAUAAUGGAAGCAUUGAAAUGGCAUUUAUUACCUGAACGUCGUUCACAAAUGAUAACUACGAUAUCGUCUUUCUGUCGUACACGACCACGUCAAUCAACUAGGGGUAGUUUAUUGGUUGUUGGUGGAAUGGAUGCAAAUAAAGGGGCAACUACUAUUGAAGAAUAUUGUCCACGAAAAAAUUCUUGGACUGUCUGUGCAAACAUGUGUGGUCGCCGUUUACAAUUUGGAGUUGCAAUGUUAAAUGAUAAAUUAAUAGUAUGUGGUGGACGUGAUGGUUUAAAAACAUUAAAUUCCGUGGAAUGUUUGGAUAUUGCCAAUGGUACAUGGAGCUUAUUACCACCAAUGGGUACACAUCGACAUGGUUUAGGCGUUGCUGUUCUAGGUGGACCAUUGUACGCUGUUGGUGGUCAUGAUGGCUGGAGCUACUUAAAUACUGUUGAAAGAUGGGAUCCAGUUGCUCGUACAUGGAGCUAUGUAGCACCAAUGGCUUGCCAACGUUCUACAGCAGGUGUAGCAGUAUUAAAUGGUCGAUUGUAUGCUGUAGGUGGUCGAGAUGGUGGAGCUUGCUUGAAAACUGUCGAAUGCUAUGAUCCACACACAAAUCGUUGGACUACAUGCGCUCCAAUGAUCAAACGACGGGGUGGCGUCGGUGUUGGUGUAGUUAAUGAUUACUUAUAUGCGUUGGGUGGGCAUGACGCGCCAGCAAGUAAUCCUGCUGCAUCUAGAUUCGAAUGUGUUGAACGAUAUGAUCCGGGGACUGAUACAUGGACUGUGAUUGCUUCAUUAUCAAGUAAACGAGAUGCGGUUGGAGCAUGUUUACUUGGUGAUCGUUUAGUGGCUGUGGGUGGCUAUGAUGGCUGUUCCUAUUUACAAACUGUGGAAGAAUAUGAUCCACAUUCAAAUGAAUGGAAACAAUUAGCACCACUAAUAACUGGUCGGGCUGCUGCAUGUGUUGUAGCGGUACCGCCACAGUUUAUUAGUAAAUAAGAGACUGAUCAAUUUCAAACAUUAAACGAAAUGUUUGACAAAUAAAAUUGUAAAUGACAUUCUGUUUCUUUAUAAAAUUUUUAGGCACUAGUCUUUACUCUCUUAAGUGAUUCGCAUAGGUAUUAUAAA